AUGUUAGGGGUACGCAUUAUAAACCAGAUGCUGCCCAGGAAUCUGCAAGGACCAAGCAGCGGGCGCUGUGACAAGGUACAUACUUUAAUCACCAAAAACAUGUAAAUUUCAGAACAAAUGAAAGAUCGGGUAGAAAUUUCUCCAUCAUACAUCAAAUUCCACAUAUAAGAGUGCAAAGAGAAUAUUCUUAUAAUAUCCUGUUUGUAUCUUUAACACAACAUAAUAGAUAGGUAGAUAGAUAGAUAGAUAGAUAGAUAGAUAGAUAGAUAGAUAGAUAGAUAGAUAGAUAGAUAGAUAGAUAGAUAGAUAGAUAGAUAGAUAGAUAGAUAGAUAGAUAGAUAGAUAGAUAGAUAGAUAGAUAAUUAACUCUUCAUCUAGGCUGAGCCCUGAGGACACACUUUGACCUUCAGUCAGAGCCAAACCAGCUGAAUUCGCUUAAAUAAUCUUUAACUUGAUGUCUCCCUUUUUUGGUCAGGAUUAGAGGACGACAAAAACUAAAAAGUGUGUCCUCUGUCACCUCCUCUGUAUAAAAGUCUGAGCUCAGCUGAUGCUCAUCCCAUUUGACCGGCACAAAAACAAUCCAAGAACUAAGGUAAGAAAAAAAAAACAUACAUUUUUAUUUUUUGUAAAAUUAUCUGCUGAUAUUUGGUCACUUUUGCAAAGUAAGAUUAUUUUCUUAUGUUGUAUAUUCAUGUGCAACUGCAGCAUUAUUAAAAAGAAAGCUUUUAGAAAUAAGUAGAACAUGACUUCCUGGUUACAGAUCUUUAUAUCUUGCUCCUGCAUUAUCACAACAGUCUGAUUCUUCAACACAAAAACAGUGUUAGAAGGACCACAAGAUAAUGCAUGCAUUGUUGAAUAAUUGCAAGGACAUAUUCUAACAGUUGUAGCCCAAAUAAGUUUGUCUUUUUCUUCAGCACUUUCCUCUAUUGACCAAGCUGUCAUACCAGUGCUGAGGUGUCACUGCCAUCUGAAAAUAAACUGCAACACUGAAGAUUUUAGAGGAAUAAAACUGAGAGUCUGAUAAAUGAAACCUAGACUAGAUCAAUCAUCUUUUGAUGUCUUCAGUAAGAUGAACAAAACCCUAACCAGGGUUCUAAGAAAUUCUUACUGACAGAUCAGAUCAAACCAUAAACCUUUAGAGCACUGACCUUUUGUGAAAGAAAAAAGUACCCCACCUGAUCUGCAGAGUGAACAGACUGUUUUUCAUGAUUCAUUGAGCUGAAAAUGGUUUUGAAGUUGUGGCCGAAUUUUUCUUGCAAAACUUAAUGGUGCCUGGUCACUAAAAACCUAGACAACAUCAAAACUAUGCAGCGUUUGAUUUAAGAAAAAAAUAAUUAAACGACCAUGCUGUCAAACAACACCAAAGCAAAGCUUAAAAGUCAGCUUGUCAUCAACACCUGUGCCAACAUAUCUCCACUUCCUUUCUAAGAGUCAUCAGACGAGUGUUAGCAAUGAGAUUCUCUCUGAACUCUGCCUCCUCUUUAAUUUUGGGAACAUUCAAGUUUGAAAGCUCCUGAAAGAAACUUUCAGUUUGUGUCAAUUCUUCUGCACUGACAAAGCAGUCCUCGCAUAUCUUGUCCUUUACAUACUUUGGUUGUGAAAAGCAUGGCCCUGUGUUUAAACCUGUACACCCACUGCGUGAAUUUCUGCCAUUGCAGUACCUCCUCCUUUCAAAGUUGUUUUUGGUUAUCAUGAUUAAUAAAGGUCACCAGAACUCCACAUUAAUCCUCUCCCUCUUAUGCUUAAUGCUUCAUGGGAUUUGUAUUUGUAUUGUGUUUGUGCUCUGGGACAGGUGGUUUUGAUUGAAGUUUGCAUGACUUUGAGAAAGUGGGCCACUGUUACAUUGUUACAUCCCAACUCACUCAGUACUUUUACAUCUUUUACACAAAGCUGAAAGGAUUGGUGUUAAUAUAUCAUGAUGAGGGGGGGGGGUGUAUUUGAGGAGUGCAUUGGUUGCCUGUCAGUAUAAAAGAAGCCAGUCAGCUAAAAUAACUAAAUCAUCUCAUUGGCUCAUAUCUGCACAUCAUAGUGUGUGCGCCAGUCAUUUCCUUUUUGCAUCACUGUGUCUCGCAGAUUUAGGUCAGUAGGCUGACAGAAAGUUUCAUUCGAAAUGUGUCUCUUUGCCCGUCUUGCAGUUCCAUCAUGGUGCGCAAGGUGGCGGUGAUUGGGGCAGGGCCCUCCGGUCUGACCAGCAUGAAGGCGUGUCUGGACGAGGGCCUGGUGCCAACCUGCUUUGAGAGCAGCGAUGACCUGGGCGGACUGUGGAAGUUCAAGGCAAGUCAACAGGAACAGGAACAAAGAUACAGACAAAUAUUUUUGAACUUUUUUGAACCGUAGUCACCUUGUUAUUUGGGGCCACAGACUGUGUUUAAGGAGAGUCUAUAGGCCUAAUGUACAAAGAGACCAGUACAGACGUGGAAAAAAAAAAUAAUGCACUACCUAUGAUGUCCAGCAGGGGGUGACUCCUCUGGGUAUAAUUGGCUGACAGGUACAGGAAACUGUUUCACUUUUAUUUUGAUAUCUUCUCUGUUCUGCAUUUAGACAGCUUACUUCCCUAAAUUGUAAAACUAUGCUUUUAUUUGCUAGUAUGUGCUAUUUCCAAUAAAUUGCAAGUUAAAAGACUGACUGAAAACGGCUAAAAAAAAAUGGUAAGAAAGUAUAAAUAUUCCAAUUAUUGCAAAGACAACCUCUCACGAUCCUUUUGGAUUCACAGUCAAUUUUGCAACCUCAGUUUUUAAAAGUGUCAAAUCAUUUCUCAUAGGCUUGCUACAGCUAGCUUGCUAGCAGCUGCUGCUGUUUAUUUGUCUCUCUUCCAUUUUUUUUUGAAAACCAGGGAAGAACCAUUUACUUUUGGUAUUACCAUAUGCUUAUUUUUAGACAUUUAUUGUCAAUUUUGGUGUAUUGCAACAACCCUAUUGGCCGUAUUUUGUGUUUUUCUCAUUUUAGAUUGAAAAAAAGAAGUAAACUUAAUGAAGAGCUUUGUAGCUUGUUUGUCAUGUUAUAAGAGGCCAAUAAAAAAAACAUGAAAUCAGCAUAAUAUUCCCCUUUUAACCCCUUACUACUCUUAAAGUCCCCCUUUUCUUUCUUUUAUGAUCUCCUCUGGCCUGAACUCAGUAAUGGAAAAAAAUAAUGAACUAAAGUCUUCGUUCAAUAGUUCACAAAGAAACAAGACAGCACCCCAACCUGGUUACCUCCACUGAUUUUGUCCCUCAGACUCGGCUAUCCCGCUUCAAUGUUUUCCACUUUUUUAAAUGUUUCCACUGCAGGAAGUGUCAGAGCCCAACAGGGCCAGUAUCUACCGCUCCCUGACCAUCAACAUCUCAAAGGAGAUGAUGUGUUACAGCGACUUCCCCAUCCCUGCUGACUACCCAAACUACAUGCACCAUUCGAAGAUCCUGGUCUACUUCAGGAUGUACGCAGAGCACUUCAAACUGCUGCAGCACAUUCACUUCCAGGUACCAACAUGGACUGAGGGAAGCUCAUGACAUUCCCAUAGAUUUGAUCUAAUCUGCAGUAUGUUUUACAUCAUUUAGACUUUGGUGAAGAGUGUCCAACAGAGACCAGACUUCAGUCGGACAGGUCAGUGGGAGGUAGUGACUGAGGACAGAGAUGGACAGCAACAGAGUCACGUCUUCGAUGCGGUAAUCUGCUGCUCUGGUCACUUCACCUACCCCAACCUGCCACUCAAAGAAUUCCCUGGUAAGAAAGAAGUCCCAAGCAAGAUUAUCUUCUUGAAUUAUCUUAAUAUUUCUCUGCAACUUCUCUGUAUAAAUUAACUUCAGUCUUUUCAGACAGCAGAGACAGGUAACAGGAACCUUCAAUCGUCAGGCAGAAAAGUCAAACACUGAUGUAGAAUGAGUUCAGUGUCAGUCCAGGUCUUUCUCCAAAGUGGCUCACAUUGGGACAUGAUUCUGCUGUGUUGCAGGAAUCGAGUCAUUUGAAGGGAAAUACUUUCACAGCUGGGACUACAAAGGACCUGAGGACAUGUAUGGGAAGAGAGUGGUGGUCAUUGGGAUCGGGAAUUCUGGAGGGGACAUCGCUGUGGAGAGCAGCAGAGUGGCUGAUCAGGUCUGAGGUCUCUUUUAGUUUUUGUAGCUUCUUAUAUAAAUAUAAAUAUAAGUAUAAAUAUAAGCACAAAUCCUCAAUCAUGCCAAACUCUGGUUCUGCAGGUUUACCUAAGCACUCGUAGAGGUGCCUGGGUCAUCCGUCAGGUUUCUGACAAUGGUCUUCCAGUGGACAUGCAGUACAACACACGAUUCGUCCACAUCCUGUUUCAGUUGCUCCCCAUGAACUUCUUUAACUGGUUUGGUGAGAAGAAACUCAAUGCCAUGUAUGACCACUCCAUGUACGCCCUGAAGCCCACACACAGGUAGGUUCUCUCUGACCGUGCAGAUUAUCAUGCAUUUGACAACAUUAAUCAGCUAACCAUCCAACCUCACUACAAUCACAUCUGAAAAUGUGGUCAGAUGUCUGUCACUUAAAGACUGGUGACAGCAGCACACUUUUGUAUCACUGUCAUAAACAUCAACUGCAGCUCCUGGAAAUUUGAAUCAACUUUGACUUCCUGACAUGGCUGCUAUGUGCAGAAAUGAACCAUCCACAUUUAUUAUGAUUAAAAGAACGCUUUUUUCAUUUCCUCACUCUCCAGGCUCUUCAGUCAGAUCCCUGUGAUAAACGAUGACCUGCCCUUUCAGAUCCUGGCUGGCGCUGUUGUUGUCAAACCCAACGUAAAGGAGAUCCGAGGCUCCACUGUGGUUUUUGAUGACGGAAGCUUUGUUGAGAAGGUUUGAUUAAAAUUUACCUCAUUGGCCACCUUUAAAACCUCUCUUUAUUUUAGCUCUAAUAUUUUAGCUCCUUCUUCUAGGUGGAUACGAUUGUGUUCGCCACAGGUUACAACUACGGCUUCCCCUAUUUGCCUGAUAGCACAUUGCACAAGUCUGGUCACCGAGUGGGUCUGUACAAACACGUGUUUCCACCAAAUCUGGAGCAUCCCACACUGGCUGUGGUGGGCUUCAUCCAUGGCCUCGGAGCCAUCAUGCCCCAGGCUGAGAUGCAGGCGCGCUGGGUCACCCGUGUCUUCAAAGGUGACGCUACACAUCUAGUUCAUUUCAGUGCUGAUAAAUCACAUGGCUUUGUUUUAUAGCUGUCUUAUUUUGUUCUGCAGGAGUCACACAGCUGCCUUCCAACAAGGUGAUGAUAAAAACUGUGGAGAAAGACACAAAGGCCAUGGAGAAGAGGUAGGGCUGCCUCUGCUUUAAACACAGUUUCUCACUUCCUCUGUUUAAAUCCCUGCAGCCACUGUAGUCGUCAGGUACCCAAACCUUAAGUCCAAGCUGAGUCUCUUGUGGAGAGUGUUCAGAUCCAAGCUCAGUCCAAGCUCUCAGAGAAAAAUACGAGUCAAGACCCCAUUAUCUAAGUUUGUGUCUUAGUCCUACCCCCACUACCUGAGUAAGAGACCUUUCACAAGUCUUUAAGUGUAAGUCAUGUCCUCAUUAUCUGAGUCAAAUCCAGCCCAAUACCAUGAGUCUAAGUCUAAGCUGAGUUCUCAUAAAUGAAGACUGAGUCCAAGAGCAAGCCCCAUUUUUAAAGUUAAAAUCAAGUCCCCGUCAAAACCUCAUAAUCAGAGUCACUCAAGUCGCCAUGCCCAGAGUCUAGGUCCAAGUUAAGUCCCUGUUAUUUAAGUCUAAAUCAGAGUGGAGCUGCUAUUACCAAAGUCUCCACAAUCAGAGUGUAGGUCUAAACACAGUCCCAGAUAUCCCAGUCCAAAUCAUGCCUCCAUUUUUCUUAGUUGAGACUUCAUUUUCUCAGCUCAAGUCAGACUCAGUUCCCCAUUAAAAAGUUUAAGGUGCAUUACCACCACGUUCCGACUACCUGAGUUUGAGUUCCACCCCAAGUCAAGUCUCCAUUAUCUGAGUCAGAGCUGAUUCACAUCGUCAUUAUCAAAGUCAGACAAGUCACUAUCACCUGAGUUUUGGUCAAAAUUAAGUCCCCAUCAUUGGAAUCUGAAUCUGAAAGAAUCCAUAUUAUCUGUGUCUGAGUCAAGUCCCUAUUAUCAGAGUGCAAGUCUGAAACCAACUUAAAAGAAUAUCUCUUUGAUACAAGCGUGGAUGAGUGCAGCUUUGAGUAACUUUUUUCUCUGGUUUAUCUCCCUGCAGCUACAUCCUGUCCAGGCAAACCCCCCUGCAGGUGGAUGUCGUCACCUACCUGGAUGAACUAGCAGGAGAGAUUGGGGUGCGUCCCAGUCUGCUCUGGCUGUUCUUCACAGACUACCAGCUGUUUAAGAGGGUCCUUUGGGGGCCUGUAUCAGCCUACCAGUACCGCCUGGUGGGACCAGGGAAAUGGGACGGGGCCCGCAGAGCCAUCUUCACCCAGUUUGAUCGCAUGUUCCAGCCCCUGAAAACCAGACAGGUCUGACAUGAACCCCAGUUUCUACUUAUAAUUAUUAGCUUGACAAAAAUAAUAUUUGGAUUUCUCUUAAGCUUUUAGUGAUAAAAAUAAAAAUCUUAUUUAGUGCUUUGAAACACAGGUGUUCAAAAAGGGUUUUGACUGCUAAAAAUAUCUUAUAUAAUUAUAUAAUAUAUAAUAUAUCUUAUAUAAUAUCUUAUUUCACUUUAUUUCUGUCAAAAAAGGUGGGAUUUUUCAGUAUUCAAAGUGGGGUUGAUUUGAGAGGCCUGUCACUACUCAGUGUAUUAGCCACCAUCAAUAACAGUCAGCUCCUCCCCUUUGAUGAGAAACUGUUCAGACAGCCAGCAUGCAAGCUUGGCUAUGGUUUUCUGCUGAUGGUGUCAAGCCUGCCACAUAACUCAGUUCAUUUUGUGUCUUUGAAGCCAUGAGUGAUAAGUGCUUGGGUCAGAGUCGCUCAAAGUUAGCUUGAUUACAUGGUAGUCUUGACCCUGUCCACAGAAAACCGUAGCCUGGCUUGCGUCCUCACUCUCCCGACAGUUGCCCAUUUAAAAAGCUGAGUUGACUUACCAAAAACCAUACCUGUGACAUGUUACUUAUACAACUUCACUAGAAACAUCACAAUGUCCCUUUUGAUUGCUCCAAAUAACUUAAAAUAGUUGCCAGCACAGCUAAAAUGUGUAAAUUUUAUUGAAAUAAGGUGUAAUAUCAGAUUUUAAGAAACAUCAAUAAAAUUUUCUGCCUUUUUAUUUGCAUCUUGGGUGAAAUUAGAUAUUUUGACCAGACUUGAGAUAUUGCAGGACAGUCAGGCCAAACAGAGAACUGUAAAGGAAUUCACAAAAUUUAACAUCAAUGUAAUUAAGUCAUUUACAAAGCAAAAAGAAAAGAAGACAUCAUAUGCUUGUUUUUCAUUCCUGUUUCCUCCUCCCCCAGCUGAGGGAAGGGGAGACCUCUUUGACCAGCCGCCUGGUGAAUCUGAGUCUGGUCACCAUGGCUGGAGGAGCAGCUGUUUACUACAUCAACAUGCGCUACCCGACCACGAUCCCCUCCCUGCUGUCCAAACUUCGCCCACUGACAGUCUGAACACCCUGAAACCAAACAACUGAAGCCUCUACUCUCCUGACGAUGAACUGAUGAUUAAAGAGACAUUAAGUCCUUUAAAAAGAUUUUUAGUGCGCUGAUCCUUCAAAAUCUGAUCAUGUUUUACACAGUCAGAGCAUUGUUAUGUCUGAUUCAGUGGUCACCCCUUUGUGUGGGAUAAACCAAAACUGUUGAUAAAGCC